UGUCAGGCAGUGUCCAGGACAGCCGGACACAGAGAGGACACGUCACCUGUGAGGGAAAUGAGAGAGAUCAGAGUGAGUAGAGGAAGGAGAGAGUGACUCCAGAGACACAUGUGGUUGGGAUAAAGUGAUGGUGGAGCACGUUAUUACCCGGGACCCGCUGGCAGCGGAUUUGAAAUGUAGCCUCUUCAUGUCUGCCCUGAGGAGCUAUAAAAGAGACUCGGUCCUGCGGCCGUUCCCUCCCUUCUAUGCCAGCGACCAGCAAAAGGAUUUCGAUGCAUUGAUCGGUGACACGGACACCCUGCCCAGCCUGCAAGAAUUCCUCAGGAACAAGACAAAGGUAGAUCGGAAAGUCCUGGAUCUGCUGAGCUGGGUAUUGUCAGAGAAACUCUUCACCAUAAAAGGCCUUAAAAAGGAGAAGUUUGAGGAGGUCCAAGCCUUGCCAGGUUCUCCCACUCUUGCUCUGCCCACUCCUGACUUCCUGUUUGAAAUAGAAUACUGCGAGAAGCUGAACGCCAAGUUCCAGGAGACGCGUGGAGAGAGAGACGUCAUUUAUGCUUUGCAUGGCAGCCGGCUGGAGAAUUUCCACUCCAUACUGCACAAUGGCUUGCACUGUCACCUCAACAAGACAUCUCUGUUUGGAGAAGGGACCUACCUGACCAGUGACCUGAGUCUGGCUCUCCUGUAUAGCCCCCAUGGACACGGGUGGACUCAUAGUUUCCUAGGCUCUGUGCUGAGCUGCGUUGCCGUGUGUGAGAUGAUCGAUCAUCCGGAUGUCAAGUGUCAGAUCAAGAAAAAAGAUUCGGCGGGUAUCGAUCGGAAGAGAGCGAGAGCGCGGAACAGCGAGGGAGGAGACGUUCCGCAGAAGUACUUUGUAGUGACCAACAAUGAGCUGCUGCGGGUGAAAUAUCUUCUGGUUUAUUCUCAGGAGCAGCCGCAGAGGAGGUCCAGGCAGCCAUCUUGGUUUUCAAGCCACCGUUUUGCUCUCCUGAUGACGCUCUAUCUGCUUGUUCUGGUUUUCAUCGGUUUAAGUAAUUCCAAGACCUUCCUGCAUCAUUGGAAUAGAGUUGUGAGCUGGAGGACUUAAAUCUUCUACGUUUCCUAUUGAACUUCACCGUAAGCCUUACAAGUUGUGUCUUCCUCUCCUCUCCAUCUGUUGAAGAAUGGAGACAUUCCAGCCGAUGCAGGGACGGGACUCAUCCUCGGCGUCUCUGACAGCAGCCCCCCCUUUCACACAAAUGAUUAUCAUCUGAAUCUCGCAGCAAUACAGAACUCCAGAGAAGGUGAUGGAGCUCUACACCGCGAUCACACAAGAAGAAAGAGAUCCAAUCGUACGCUGUGGCCUUAAAGCCGGGUACACACUAUACCAGGGUUCCUCAACUCGCCCCCAACAGGUCACGUUUUCAGGAUUUCCCUCAGAAGAAAUGGCUGUGGUAAUUGCU